UAAAAAAUAAAAAAGUAGGAGAGCGUGGAAGUUCAGGCGGUAUAUUAAUAUCGUUCUUCACGAGGAAAAGCUCCAUUUCUAAAAAAUUAGAGCAGCGCUUUCUUCUCUCUCACUUCAGACACUAGAAUAUAAUACAAUACAUCACAUAUUAGUAGAGGAAAGAAAAAGAUAGAGGAGGCUGAAGACUAACUGUUUUCUUCUUUCAAUCUUCUUCCAGGAUGGCUGAAGGUGUCUGUUACUUCAACAAGGAUGCAUUGCUUAUAAAGACUCCAAAGAAAUCUCCAUUAGUAUUCAGGGGGACGGUGCUCUUAAUAUUUGCUAUGGUUUGUGGAAUCUAUAUUUGCUCAAUCUGCUUAAAGCAAAUGAGCCACACCAAAACCAAACCAUUGAACAUCAAAUUCAUUGAUCAUUCAUGUCAAGCCGACAACAUUGAACAAUCGGAAACCCCCUUUGUUCAUUAUCCGAAUCCUGUAACUUUUAGCAGAGAGGAAUGCGCUUGUAAUCCGGUAAGGUACUUUGCCAUCUUGUCAAUGCAGCGAUCUGGGAGUGGAUGGUUUGAGACAUUGCUGAACAGUCAUAUCAAUGUAAGCUCCAAUGGAGAAAUAUUUUCAGUUAAGGAUAGGAGGAUUAAUGUAUCUUCAAUUAUAAUCACAAUGGAUAAAGUGUAUAAUCUUGACUGGUUCUCUAGUGCUUCAAAAAACGAGUGCUCUGCUGCUGUCGGGUUCAAAUGGAUGCUUAAUCAGGGAUUGAUGGAGCAUCACAAGGACAUAGUAGACUACUUCAAUACAAAAGGGGUUUCUGUGAUUUUUCUGUUGAGAAGAAAUUUGGUGCGCAGAAUGAUCUCUGUAGCUGCAAAUUCUUAUGACAGAAAUGCUAAGCUUCUGAAUGGAACCCACAAGUCCCAUGUUCAUUCUCCAGUCGAGGCUGAGAUUCUGGCUAAAUACAAGCCAACAAUAAAUGCCACACUUCUUUUAACCCAACUAGAGCAAAUAGAGAAGACAACAACCAGAGCUGUUGAAUAUUUGAAGACAACUCGCCACAUAGUUAUUUACUACGAGGAUCUUAUCACCAUCCCAGAUCAACUCAAAGACGUUCAAGAAUUUCUGAGAUUGCCAUUGCAAGAGCUUACAAGUCGACAAGUUAAGAUCCACCGAAGGCCCUUAUCAGAACAAGUUGAGAACUGGAAUGAUGUCCUUCAAACUCUUAAAGGAACAUCAUACGAGCAAUUCCUACAUUCAGAUUACUAGAUAUAGUUAUGUGGACUGCGUUCAUGAUUAGAUAGCGAUGCCGCGGAACUCAAAUUCUGAUGUUCAUUAAGCUAAGCUUUACCCAGAAAAAACACCAAUAUGCCACACAUGCACGGUAAAGAUACUUGCUGACUUCCUAAGGAAACCAUAGGCACAUCUUUAAGAAAAAUGUUUUUCUUUCUUUCAUUGCUUUAUAAAUCGCGGUAAGAACAAUAAUGUUACAAGUUUAGCUAACUGAUCCAUUACUUGCUGUGAAA